AAUAUCUAUUUUAAAUAAUAAAGUCUAAAUGGGUCCGUAUCUAAGCCAACCAAAAACAGAGAAGUCUACAUAUACAGGGAAAAAUUAAACAUUAGAAUACGCAGCAACUCAUAUGCAAGGUAUUUGAAAAGUAUAAUGUAGGUUGGAGAAACACUAUGGAGGAUACUCAUAUUUCUGAUAUAAACAUAGAAAAUGAUAUUCAUUUAUUUGCUGUUUUUGAUGGUCAUGGUGGAAGUGAAGUAGCAAUAUUUGCAGAAAGACAUUUCAAAGAAGAAUUGAUGAAGAAUAAAAACUAUAUAUAAAAAAAUUAUGAGAAAGCCUUAACAGAGACAUUUUUUAGAAUUGAUAAAAUGUUAUAAGAGUAAGCUGGUUAGGAAGAGUUAAAUAAAAUAAGAGGAGCAUCUGAAGAUGGUAAUAUAAGUUAAAAAUAGUUUAGUGUCUUUGGCUGGAUGUACUGCAAAUGUUGCAUUGAUUGUUGGAAAGACUUUAUAUGUUGCCAAUGCAGGAGAUUCGAGAUCCUUUUUAAAUAGAGAUGGAAAACCAUAUGAUAUGAGUAAAGAUCAUAAGCCAGAUGACGAUUAAGAAAAAAAAAGAAUAGAAAGAGCAGGAGGUUUUGUAUCUGAUGGUCGUGCUAAUGGUUUUAGAUUUAUAUAUAUUAAAAGGCAAUCUUUCUUUAUCAAGAGCUUUGGGAGAUUUAGAAUACAAAAAAGAUAACAGAUUCAAACCUGAAGAAUAAAUCAUUACUGCAUUACCUGAUGUCAAGUCAACAUAAUUAACUGCUGCAGAUAAGUAAUUUUUAUUUCUAUUUAUUUUUUUAGGUUUUUAUUAAUGGGAUGUGAUGGAGUCUUUGAAACUUGGGAACAUUAAUAAAUACUUAAUUUUGUUUCCUAAGAAUUAAAAACUAGUCAAAAUUUAUAAAAGGCUACAGAAAAGUUGCUAGAUUAAUUAUUAGCUAAAGAUACAACAUGUAAUAUAUUUAUGUUUUAUUAUUUAGUGGGCACUGGAUGUGAUAAUAUGACUUGCAUUUUGGUUCUAUUUAAAUCAUGAAUCAAUUGAGUAUCAAAAACAUAUAAAAUAAAAUAUAAUU